AUGUUCAGUAAAAUUGUAGCUUUUGGAGCCAUCCUGGCCGUAGCCAACGCCGGCUACUACGCUUACGGACCAGCUGUAUCUUCUCAAAGCAUUGUCCGUCAUGAUGAAGCUUUAGGACACCUGGCUGCUCCAGCAUAUGCCGUGCCUUUGGCUUAUGCCGCACCUUUAGCAUAUGCUGCCCCUGUGGCCUAUGCUGGAUCUUACGAAGGACACGAUGAACAUGCCUAUCCAAAAUACGACUUCGCGUACUCCGUGGCUGACCCUCACACCGGAGAUCACAAGUCCCAGCACGAGAGCCGCGACGGUGAUGCAGUCCAUGGUUCCUACAGCCUUGUGCAACCCGAUGGCGUUCUAAGAGAGGUCCACUACACUGCUGAUGACCACAACGGUUUCAACGCCGACGUCCACUACUCCGGCCCUUCCUACCACGCCCAGCCAGCCUACCAUCAUUACUGA